CAUUCAUAACAAUUAUUUUCCUUCUCAUAUCACAUUUUCACUGUAAACUACUUAACAAUCAAUGGCUGAAAUCAUUGUUGUUGCACUUAUCCAAGUCGUUUUACAGAAGCUGGGAGAUGAAGCCUUGAAGCAGAUCAUUCGGGCCAAAGGAAUCGAGUCUGAGCUCAAUAAUCUUGGUAAUAAAUUGUCCAUGAUCCAAGAUUUCCUUAGUGAUGCUUCUGACAAAGAAAUUGCUGAUAAAAGUGUCAAACAUUGGCUCAACGGACUCCAACAUUUGGCAUAUGAUAUUGAUGAUGUACUCGAUAGCUUGGCAACCAAAGCCAUGCAUCGUGAGUUCACUACCAAGGUAAAAAAACUCAUCCCGACUUUCAAACCAAGUAGUAAACUGCGUCACAAGUUAAAUAUCAUUGACUCCAAGUUACAGGAUUUAGAAAAGGAAAAAUGGUGUCUAGGUUUGAUUAAGAAAGAUGAAAAGCCAAAAAGUGAGACUAGUAGAAGAAACGAAACCUCUUUGCCAGAUUCAUCCGAAAUUAUUGGACGAAAAGGAGAAAAAGUGGAAUUGCUCCAUAAGUUGUUGGGAGAUGAGCCAUGUAAGGAAAACUUUAGUGUUAUACCGAUAGUUGGCAUGGGUGGGGUUGGUAAAACCACUUUAGCUAGAAGUUUGUACAAUGAAACAAAAGUAAAAGAUCACUUUAAACUCCAUGCAUGGGUGUGUGUUUCUGAUGAUUUUGAUGUUUUUAAGAUAACUGAAACCAUCUUUCGAGCAAUGGCUAGUGAAAACGAGGAGUUUAAAGAAUUAAAUGAGGUUCAAACAGCCCUUUCAGAUCAACUUAAGGAGAAACGAUUUCUAAUAGUGCUAGAUGACAUUUGGAGUGAAAAGUAUGUCGAUUGGGAGAACCUAGUAAAACCGUUUCAUUCGGGGGCCCCAGGAAGUAAAAUAAUCAUGACAACCCGAAAGGAGGGAUUGCUCAAACAAAUAGGUUUUGAUCAUUUAAGUAACUUGGAGAGUUUGUCACACGAUGAUGCUAUGUCUUUACUUGCCCGACAUGCAUUGGAUGUUGAUAAUUUUGAUUCACAUACCGAUCUGAAAUCUCAUGGUGAAGGUAUUGUGAAAAACUGUGGGCAUUUACCUUUAGCUUUGAAAGUGGUUGGAAGGCUACUAAGGAGGAAUAUAAAUGAACAAUAUUGGCAGCACGUGCUAACGAGCAAGAUAUGGCAAAUCGAUGAUAGUAUUGUUCCGGCCCUUAGGCUAAGCUACCUAGAUCUUUCGGCAUGUUUGAAACAAUUGUUUGCAUAUUGUUCCUUUUUCCCCAAAGACUUUUUGUUUGACAAGAAGGAGUUGGUUCUGUUGUGGGUGGCAGAAGGCUUCAUUAAAAAAUCAAGUGGAAGCGAAUUAACUGAAGAAUCUUUGGGAUACGAAUAUUUUGAAGAGCUCUUAUCGAGGUCAUUUUUUCAACAUGAAGCUAAUGAUAAAUCAUUGUUUGUGAUGCACGACCUCUUGAAUGACUUGGCCACAUUUGUUGCUGAAGAUUUUUUUCUCAGGUUGGAUGACCUAAACGAGAUGAAGACAGAGACACAAACUUUGACAAAGUACCGACAUAUGUCAUUUAUUCGUGAGAAAUUUGUUGGUCACCAGAAGUUCGAGGCAUUUAAAAGUGCCAAAAGUUUAAGAACUUUUUUGGCAGUGUCGGUUGAGGUGAAGGAAAGUUCUAAUAGGUUCUACUUAUCGAAGAAGAUACUGGUUGAUUUACUUCCCGCGUUACCACUGUUGAGGGUUCUUUCCUUAAACGGCUUUCAGAUAAGUGAGGUACCGGAGUGUGUUGGUCGUUUGAAGCACUUGAGGUAUCUUAAUUUAUCGCAAACCAAUAUCAAAGAACUACCAGAAAAUGUGGGCAAUCUUUAUAAUUUACAAUCAUUGAUUGUUUUUGGUUGUCAUAAGUUAUGUAAGUUGCCUAAAAGCUUUUCAAAACUUAAAAAUUUGCGACAUCUUGACAUUGGGGAUACUCCAUUGUUGAAUCACAUGCCCUUUGAAAUUGGUGAGUUGAAUAGCCUACAGACGCUUAGCAAGAUCAUCAUCAAAGGAAAUGAUGGUUUUACAAUAAUCAAGCUCAAAGAGUUAAAGAAUCUCGAGGGGAAGAUUUGCAUCGAGGGGUUGGAAAAAGUGCAAGAUGCAAGGCAUGCACGGGACGCAAGCUUAUCAAUGAAAAGGCUUACUGAGGUAGAGUUAAUAUGGGAUAAUGUAUCUAAUAAUUCCCGAAAUGAAGAACUUGAAAAUGAGGUCCUUCAUGAAUUGAAGCCUUGUAAUGAUGCUUUGAAGAAAUUGAAGAUCGCAUCAUACUCGGGAACAAGGUUUCCAGAUUGGGUUGGUGAUCCCUCAUUUUGCAAGUUGGUCAAUGUUUCGAUAGGUCAGUGUAGAAAUUGUAAGUCUUUACCAGCACUUGGGAGGCUACAAUUACUAAAGGAAUUGGUAAUUGAAGGCAUGAAGGGGAUUAAAGUCAUAGGUCCCGAGUUUCUUGGGACAUGUGGUAUUGCAUUCCCUUCGCUUGAAACUCUAAAGUUUAUAAAUAUGCCGGGCUGGGGGGUAUGGUCUACCUGUAACGGGGUUGCUGAUGCAGUGUUUCCAUGCCUUCGAGAGCUUUAUAUAGCUGGUUGUCCUGAAUUGGUUGACAUCUCACUUGAAGCACUACUUUCAUUAAGGAUUCUACGAAUAAAAGGAUGUGGUGAUGGUGUGUUAAGAAGUAUGGUCCAUGUAGCUUCGUCAGUCACUUGGUUGGUGAUAAAUAAUAUUUCAGAGCUUAGUGAUGAGGUGUGGAGAGGUGUUAUAAAGAAUGUCGGGGUGGUCGAAAGUCUAUGGCUUGAGUGUUGUAAUGAAAUAAGAUACAUGUGGGAAUCAGAGGAAGAGGCAAGUAAGGUUCUUGUGAACUUAAGACAAUUAAAUGUAAUAGGAUGUUCAGAAUUGCUGAGAUUAGGAGAGAAAGAGGAGGAUGAUAGUAGGAGCAAUCUUCUAACUUCUUUUAGGAUUUUGAAACUAGAGAAUUGUAGAAAUUUGAAGGAAUGUUGUUGUCCAGCUAGCAUUGAGACAUUGAUAAUUCGUGAAUGUAGUUCAAUAACAAGUGUCUCAUUCCCAAGAGGAGAAGGAAUGGAGAAGCUCAAGGCAUUUCAUAUUUUCAAUUGUAAGGAACUAAAUGUUAUUAUGACUGGAGAAAGUACCAACAACAAAUCAAUGCUUGAAUAUGUAUAUAUAAAUGGUUGGCCAAACCUGAGAUCUGUGAAUGGAUUAUUGAACUCUGAUCACCUCACCUCCCUAUGGAUAUCCGUUUGUAAAAAUAUGAAGUCAUUUUCUGACCUUGAGUUGCCGAGACUCAUCUCAUUAGAAAAGCUGGGAAUUUAUAAUUGUCCAAAUAUGGAUGCUUGUUUUCCACGUGGGAAUUGGCCUCCCAAAUUGACUACUCUUUUCAUCGGGGGUUUAAAGAAGCCCAUGUUAGCGUUUGGCCCACAGAAUUUUCCAACCUCUCUUGUUGACCUAACUUUAGUUGGCGGAAUAAAUGAUUAUGAGGCGAAAAAUCUGAGUCGAUUGUCUCUUCAUGUUUUUCCUUCAACUCUUACUACUCUUUGCAUCACCGGAUUUUGGAACUUGGAAACAGUUUCAGUGGGACUCCAACACCUCACCUCCCUCCGACAUCUGAAGAUUAGGAAAUGUCCAAAGUUAAAAGAUCUACCAGAGCAGCUGUUGCCUUCACUCUUGAAUUUAGAAAUUAAGGGAUGCCCAAAACUGAAUUUAAAAAAGACGAGUAAAGGAAGGUUCUUCAACAAUAACUACUGGCCCAAAAUCUCUCACAUCCCCCGCAUCAAGAUAGACGGUGAAUUACAAAAUUAGAGGGAAUACUGGAGGAAAAUGAGGAAUCCGACAAUGAAGCAUAAUGUGAUGAGAAGGGUCAUAUUUUCAAUGGUUUUGAAGAA